UUGGCUUAAAGGGCAAGAACGUGCAGAUUUAUCGAAUAGCCUUGAGGAAAUAUAUAUACAGAAUAUUGGUGAAAGCAUUCUUUACCUGUGGGUGGAGAAAAUAAGAGAUGUUCUAAUACAAAAAUCUCAGAUGACAGAACCAGGCCCUGAUGUAAAGAAGAAAACUGAAGAGGAAGAUGUAGAAUGUGAAGAUGAUCUCAUUUUAGCAUGUCAGCCAGAAACUCCUGCUAAAGCAUUGGAUUUUGAUAUCAGUGAAAAUCGAACAGAAAUAGAAGAAUUACCUCCGAUUGAUCAUGGCAUUCCUAUUACAGACCGAAGAAGUACUUUUCAGGCGCACUUGGCUCCAGUAGUUUGUCCCAAACAGGUGAAAAUGGUUCUUGCCAAAUUGUAUGAGAAUAAGAAAAUAGCUAGUGCCACCCACAACAUCUAUGCGUACCGAAUAUAUUGUGAGGAUAAACAGACCUUCUUACAGGACUGUGAAGAUGAUGGGGAGACAGCAGCUGGUGGGCGUCUUCUGCAUCUCAUGGAGAUUUUGAAUGUGAGAAAUGUCAUGGUGGUAGUAUCACGCUGGUAUGGAGGAAUCCUGCUAGGACCAGAUCGCUUUAAACAUAUCAACAACUGUGCCAGAAACAUACUAGUGGAGAGGAACUACACAAAUUCACCGGAGGAAUCAUCUAAGGCUUUGGGAAAGAACAAAAAAGUAAGAAAAGACAAGAAGAGGAGUGAACAUUAAUACGUAAAAUUAUACGACAGGUUAAUAUGCCUAUCACUGUUCACAAAUUCCACAGUCAUCAGGGAAUAUUGUGCAGAGAGGAUCCUGGACUGCUCAAGUUGGCCAAACCAUUGUGGACACCAGCGCUAUCUUUUCUUCUUUGGUUAUAUCAUCUGCCAAAAAUAGAGAACUUGUGAUAUAUUCAUGUGUAUUUCAGGCUGAUUCAGAAGAAUUAAUAUGAACUUAAUUGCCACUUCAUCUAAUUGAGGAAGGUUAACAGUUGCCCAGGGCAGUACCUGAAUUAACUGUCCAUUUCUGUACUUGUCAAGUGCCUUUGUUAGGUGGGGAAGAAAUGUCUCGAGAGGAGUAUAAAUACCUGGUAUCUUGUUGUCAGGAUUCUCAUUAUGUUAAAUGAAUAUUGCCUUUGACUGCUCUUUAUGGCUUAUUGGAAUAGGAGCUCAUAGCAUAUUGAUCUUGAAGAGUUUCUUCUUGUGAUUUUGGUCACAGUAAGUCACCUUUCAUUUUAUAGUGUUCAUCAUUGAGUAAUGAUUAAGCAAAAAUCCAGGAGUAUCCAUCUGUAGUUAUGUGCUGAAGUGAUAAUUCAUCUGCCAGAUUUGUUUGCAUAAGUGUUAUGCUUCCAUUUCUGUUGCAUAUUGGUGAUUGUGAAAUUUCAAAAUGUGACUUUUCUAACCUCUACUUUUUUUGUUUAAUUCUUGUAAUGUAAAGCAGUAGAUAGGGAGUGUCAGUAGUUUUCUCCUGUCCCUGAAAUGUAUUAGUGUAAUAUUCUGUUUCUGUUUUUUUUUUAAUAUCCUGGAAGUACCUUUCUCGUGAUCUUCAUUAAGGAAUUAGGAUGACGCUACAAGCUCUGCCGCAGUUAAUGGGGCAUUUAUAAAGGGGGAUAGAGGUGGGGAAAGCCACACUGGUGUGGGUAGCACAUCGUCCGGUGGUUAUGUAAGUGUGACGCAUGAUUUCUUCUACAUUCCAGCCAUUUUUCUCAACUCCGUGACUUUGCGGAGAAAAGGAACAAAUGUUUUGACUGGAAAAA